AUAAUUUAUCAUUCACUUUUUAUAUAAAAUAUUUAUGUUUGUUUUGCUCUGAACAAGCAGCUCUUAAGUAAGGAGCUAUUAUAGUUUGGAAGAACCGGAUCAUUCCGGCUUGGCUCUGCUUAUCCAAUUUAUUAUACCAUAGGUGUGAUAUCUUCAUAGUUUAGUCUGAAGCAGGGGUGUGCAACACUCAGCUCAACACACCUUGUCAACACUCAGAUUCACCCCACCAAGCAUAAAAUCUUAAUCCGACAGUUUAUGUUCAAAAAUGCGCUCGCAUGGCUAAAAAUAUGUAAUGUUUCUGUUCACUUGUCGCUGCAUUCAAUCUUUGCAUUGUGAGAGUUUUUUAAUUCAAUGUAUCCAUGGAAAAACUAAAUUUUUUGUGCAGACCAGCUGAAUGUCUGAAGUUGGUUAUAUGGGCCACCGACAAAAAAUGUUACACACCCCUGGACUGGAGUAUAAUUGUUUGAGUCUAGGCUACUCGCCUAUUAGUAUUUUGAAUGUUUAAAUUUCAUUCCAAUCCAAAAAAUGCAAACUGGGAAGAUUGCUAUAACAUAAUUGGCACUUGAUCACACUACAAUGUGAUGGAGAUUAUUCUGACCUAACUUACUCCAUUAAUUUUUUUUGAUGAUAGAGUUCGAACAAAACUGAUGUAAAUCAAAUUUUUUCUGUUUGUUUGGUGUUAACAUAUUUUCUAUUUUUUUUGUUUUACUUUAUCUUACAUUUAUAGAGUAACUUUCAUGGUUUUUAUCAUAAGUUAGCCAUGUGAUUUGAAUCUAAGGAUUGUCAAAAUGUUUUACAUUCCGCACAAGAAUGGAUGUUGUGAAUAAAGCAUCAGAAUUUUUUGACAAGCACAUUAGGAUUGUGAAGAAUGCUGGAUAUUUGAUUGCUGGAAUAGGAGUUUUUAUGAUUGUAAGAAGAUCAAGACUUUUCACAAAAUUCAAUGUUGCUUCUGAUAUCCCGGAAGAUUUUAUUCAAAAGAGGAUCAAACUUCGUGGAAUAGUCCAAAAUGUUUGCACAAAUAGCACAUUACAUGUUGAGCAUAUACCAUCAAUGUCAUAUCCCGCUGCAACUAUUGUGAGGAGAUUUCAAAAACAACUGGAUAAUAAUGGUUUGAUAUCACUGGAUAUGGCUGGAGUAUCAAUGAAUGAUGUUGGAAUUGAUCUUGUUAAAGGAGAGAUUGAAGGGAAAGCAGUAUGGUUUGAAUUAUUAAAUCAUGUUGAGAAAGAUCAAAAUGCUCCUGCUGUUAUUUACAGAAGAAAGUAUGCCAUUCUUCGCAAUUAUAACAUAUAUGUUGUAAAGAUGGGAUAUGGGGCUGUUGAUAAUGUACCCAACUGCUAUCAUCUUAAAGUACAGCAAUCUCUUCAGAGAUCAUUGCUUAAAGCCCAGAAAAAAGCAGCAAUCAAGAAAAGAGGAAUCUGGAAGGAUUGACUAUGACCUGGGUGACAAAUCGGAACAGAUUUGUGGGACCUUAUUACGGCAAGACUAUGAAUUUUGUUUGUUCAAGUUUGCUUCAGGCAAGGUUCUAACCCUCCACUAACAGUGGAAAGGGUAUGAAAAGAAUACUUGCGACACCUGUUGCACUGAGAGAUUUGUAUGGUAUUGAUUUAUUCCUGCAAAGCAAUGUAUUACAGGUAUCAUUACAGCACUGGUACAAACUAAUUUAAAACCUGUUCACUGUGUUGAAUUAUAGUUUGGUACAAAUAUUUAAUUUUUCAAUAAAUAAUAUUCAUUGUA